AUGGGUGUUGAGGCUCGCGAGGCCAGUGUAGCUGACCUGUUCGAGGAUCAAGCGACUACUCUCAUUCUCUGCAAAGCACAAUUCAGCAGGCCAGAUCAGAGAAUGGAAGACAGGAUCGGUUCUCGUGAGAGAGCUGGCAAGUGUCGGGGUGAUGCAGGACUCUCUAUCCGACUUUCUGAUCUCGUCGAUGACCCCAAAUCUGCUGUCCGCUGUCGUAUCUUCGCGUAG